AUGACUUACGACCACUCCAGCCCCCAGCAGCCAGGCCCCAACGCGCCGCUGCCCUGGGUGCUGCAGAACGCAGACGCGUUUGCUGAGGUGGCAGACAGGCUGCCCGGCCAGCCGCGGCACAAGGUGCUGCUGGGCCUCAACUUUUACGGCUACGAGUAUGUGUACGGCAGCGGCAAGCAGGUGCAGAGCGCCGAGGCUGCGCUGGCGGGGCGGCUGCUGGAGGUGCCGCGCCGCCAUCAGCUGGAGCAGCAGGCGGAUGCCGGCUUGCAGGGGGCAGCCAGUGCCAGCAGCAGCGGCGACGCCGAGGGGGCGUGCGGCGGCGGGGAGGAGGGCCGGGAUGGCAGCCGCACCUGCGCAGCAGCAUCUGGCGGCGGCAAUGCUGGGGCGGGCAGGCUGCGCAUGCAGUGGCUGGAUGAGUCGAGGGAGCACCUGUUCCGGUGGCGAGAGCCCCGGGAUGGCGGCAGCGGCGGCCAGCAGAAGGCAGAGAAGAAGAAGCGGGGCAAGGGGCGGCAGCAUUUGCUGUACUUCCCCACACCGGCGGCGCUGGCCGAGCGGCUGGCGGCGGCCGCGGGGCGCGGCAUGGGGGCGGCGGUGUGGGAGCUGGGGCAGGGUCUGGAGGCCUUCUGUACCCUGCUCUGA